AAAAUUUAUGAGCAUGUUUGCGGGCAGAAGCUCAUUUUGUGCUUGGACUGUUUAUCGUUGUCGUCUCUGAACGAUGAUGGCUUUUUGCUAAUCAGUGGGUCUCGACCCGCUUUACAACUACUAAAAUGAUCUUCAAGCACCCUACGAUGGGGUUUCCCCGUUUACUUCACACACUAUCCAACCGACACAGAACGAGCAGACGAAAACAUGGACAUACCCACGUUCACCGGUCCCCCCGUGCCGGACGCCGCUUACCCGUACGGCGAUGAGCUGGUCGAAUUUCUCGACCCCCCCGUUUCCCCGGACCCCCUGGGGGUCCUCAAACUGUCUUCUCUUCAGACGGAAGACGGCUACACUCCUGCCGUCUUCCCUCCUUUCCCCUUCGACCAGGACGACCUUGACUGGAUGAGCAACGAUUGUCUUCUCCUUACUCCAGAGGAGCAAGAGAAUGACGUCUCAUUCAUUCAGCCACAGUUCCAGGCGCCUUACUCUUCCUUCUCUCUCCCCACACCCGAUGCCAGCUCACCCUCUACUCCAGUCUCCAGCUACGGCCAGGACCCAGAGGUUCUGGAUGCCCUGUCUCUCAUCUCAGACUCCACUGACUCCCAGCUCGGCCCGCCCUCUCACAUUCUGCCUCAGUUUGAGUCCCACUCACCCCUCCCCAGCCCCUCCAACUACAACACUUCUCCUGCAUACUCAUUCUCUUGUGACCCCACCCUCCUCCCCUCCCCGCUCCCUCUCCCUGGGUCUCCAGACGACAGCUACCUCUCUCGUUGCUCUGGUUCUCCCUUCCCUUCCUCUCCCUCGUCUCCUGACCUUAUCGACCUCACUAAGACAGAAGGGAUCAGGGAUCUCCUAACCCGCGGAAACACAGAGGACGAGACUCCGACCGAGAGCAGCGAGAAAAAGCGACAUUCUGAUCCAGAUACUCCAGCUGCUAGCGAGCCAAGGGGGAAGCGGCGGAAAUUGAGCAAAGUAGCAAAGAAGGAGAGGAAGAAAGAGCAGAACAAGAAGGCGGCACUCCGCUAUCGCCAGCGGAAACGAGGAGAGUCGGAGAUAAUCGAGGACAAGAGGGACGAGCUUGAGGCUCUGAACUCUGACCUCAAGCAGCAGGUGAAGGCCCUCUCUGUGGAGAUCAGCUACCUCAAGAACCUCUGGAGAGAGGUUGCAGCUGUAAGAGAGCAGAGAUCUUGAAAUAAUUCAUCAUACAUGCAUACACUGAGCUCACAUCAUGUUUCCCUAUUAAUUUAUUCACCCCUUCUUUUUCAACAGUCACACAGUCUGUAAUUUUCCACAUCCACCAUUCAGGGUAACUAAACGAGUUUUUGUACAAAAAAUCUGUUCUAAUGAGAAGUGACACAAAAUUAACUUUUGACAACAAAUUCUGCUGCGACUAAAAGAACUGUUGUCACACUGACAGUUGCUCAGCUAGUUCUUGAUAAUGCCCACCAACUCUGGCUCCUCUGUUCUUGACAACUCCAUGGUAACCAACCUGUGUGUGAUGGGAAUACCCAUUUAUAGUACUAUAGGACCACAUGACUUAUAUACACACAGCACAUUCUGUGCAAAAUCCCCGUCACAUAUAUAUCAGUGUGGUGCCUUCAUUAUGCCAACUAUGCACCUAAUGUGCCAAGGAAUGCUGUUUCUUUCACUAAA